GUGAGUUUGACGAGGAGGAGGGCGAGUACGAUGGAUAAGCGUGAAUUGGCGCCCACCCAUGCUCGCACCGCCAAACUGUUCAGACCAAUGAUGACCUCGACUGUGCCACUUGUCGCAAGUGGAUGCAGCCGGGGGAAUUCAUUCCUGGCACGCUUUCAGGAAAAUCCUGAAGGCAGGUCGAGCAUGAAGUCACUGCAGGGGCAAUGGUGCAGACAAAGGGGCUCUGCACUGAAGACCCGCACUGACAUCAGGUUCCCUGCAACAGUGCAUGCUCGCCUCAGCGUCUCUGAGAAGUCUCGAGCCACCUCCUUGCCGUUCAUCGCCUUCCGUGCAGCCAUGCGUGAGCUCGUGCACGUCCAGGGUGGCCAGUGCGGCAACCAGAUCGGUGCCAAGUUCUGGGAGGUGAUCGCCGACGAGCACGGAAUCGAUCCCACAGGAACCUAUCAUGGCGAUUCCGAUCUGCAGCUGGAGCGCAUCAAUGUGUACUUCAACGAGGCGACCGGGGGCCGCUACGUUCCCCGUGCGGUCCUGAUGGAUCUUGAGCCAGGAACCAUGGACUCCGUCCGAGCCGGGCCUUUUGGUCAGCUCUUCCGUCCCGACAACUUCGUCUUUGGACAGACAGGAGCCGGCAACAAUUGGGCCAAGGGUCACUACACUGAGGGUGCCGAACUCAUUGACUCGGUGCUGGACGUCGUGCGCAAGGAAGCAGAAG